UGUCAGCGUCAGUUUCAGUUUCGCCUGGCUCUUCGGCCGCAACUGACGACUGUUGAUUCCGUGUGGGCUUUUCACCUGUCGAACGGUGCAAAUUAGUAUGACACCGCCUCGGCUGAGUCGCUAUUUGAUGGCGGUGCGUGGCGGGCGCGAUGGGGAGCAGCACAGCAAGAACUCGCAGACCGACGAAGAGAAGCAGCGCGAUCGACAGCGAAACGAGCGCGAGGCGAAAAAAGAAGAGCAGGACGCCAUCAACUACAAGCGCGACAAGGAGCAACGCGAGGCCCGUCUGCUGGACUUUGAGAUACGCCGCCAGCAGAAGCGGGACGAGCAGCAGCAGCAGCGCCAGCAGCAGCAGCAACUGCAGCAGCACCGCGAGCAGCAGCACCAGCAGCACCAGCAGCAUCAGCAGCAGCGCGAGCAUCUGCAGCAGCAGCAUCGCGAUCAGCCGCAGUCCAGCGAGAAAAGUCCGCCCACCUCCUCCACCGCAGCAGCAGCAGCAGCAGCAGCCGCCGCCCACCAGACGCAUCCGCAUCAGCAUCCGCAUUCGCAGCAGCAGCAGCAGCGGCAGCAUUUGCAUCUGCAGCAGCAGCAUCUGCAGCACCAGCAGUCGCAGUCGCAGCAACAGCAGCAGCAGCAGCAACAGUCAACGGGCAGCGGCAGCAGCAACACACCCGUGACCCCCAAGUUGCAGACACCUCCCCCCGAUCGAUCGCUGCCCCCCGCCUUCCGGAGUCGCUCCAUCGAGCGGGAGAUUCUCUACGAGCGGAAGCGAUUCUCGCAGCCGGAAACCGGCGAGAUCAAGGAGCUCGAUAGUACGACAUCAUCAUCCUCCACGCAGCAGACCUUCCCUGGCAGCGCAGUCGGGGCGGGCAGAGCAGCGGCAGCGGCAGCAGCAGCGGUAGCUGGAAGCGGAAGCGGGACAGCGGUACCGAUAGCGGUUGCAGUAGCAGGAGCGGGAGCGGGACAAUCGGCGACAUUGGCGGGGCCGCCGGCAACGGCCGCAGCUGCCACAGCUGCGAUCAUACCGAUACUGCCGCUCGGCGUUGCAACGCUGCGCGAUGAUUCCACCGAAUCCGAGCAGUCCGUGACCUGUGCGCACAACCAGCUCGAUGCCUACCACCGCAUCAUGUGCCGGGCUCCCAUUGCGUCACUCGACUGUAUGGAGGAGUUCAGUGGUACGGGCGGUCAUCUUGAUUUCGGUCGCUCGAUCAGCCUGGGCUCCAAUCCGGCGCUGCCACUGCGCCAUGGUUCCACGCCGACGCCGGGGCUGCGGUACAAGAAUCUGGGCAAGAGCGGGCUGCGCAUCUCGAACGUGGGCCUGGGCACCUGGCCGGUCUUCUCGCCGGGCGUGAGCGAUGACCAGGCGGAGGCCAUCCUCAAGCUGGCCAUCGAGAGCGGCAUCAAUCUGUUCGACAUCUCGGAGGCGCACUCGGAAACGGAGAUCGGCAAGAUACUGCAGCGGGCGGGCUGGAAGCGGACCGCCUAUGUCAUCACCACGAAGGUCUACUGGAGCACCAAGUCGGAGGAGCGCGGUCUCUCCCGGAAGCACAUCAUCGAGUGUGUGCGUGCCAGCUUGCAGCGACUGCAGCUGCAGUACAUCGACAUCGUCAUCAUCCACAAGGCAGAUCCCAUGUGUCCCAUGGAGGUGGUGCGCGCCAUGAGCUACGUGAUACAGCAGGGCUGGGCCAUGUACUGGGGCACCGCUCGCUGGAGCCAGGUGGAGAUCAUGGAGGCGUACACCAACUGCCGCCAGUUCAACUGCAUCACGCCCAUUGUGGAGCAGUCCGAGUACCACAUGUUCUGUCGCGAGAAGUGCGAACUCUACCUGCCGGAGAUGUACAACAAGAUCGGUGUGGGCCUCAUGGCCUGGGGCCCACUCUCGAUGGCGCUCAGUGACACGCAGAAUGGCGACAAGCUCUUCCUGCCCAAGGGCUCCUUCAAGACGAAGAGCUUCUCCUGGACCGAGGACGAGAUCAAUCGCAAUGCCGCUCUGUCGCCGCAGGGCAGUUGGGGCAAGGACCGCAUCGACGAGGGGCGCCGCCACUGCGACCGCCUGCGUGACCUUGCCGCCCUCGCCGAGAAGCUGGGCUGCAGCCCCACCCAACUGUCCAUCGCCUGGUCGCUGAAACAUGAGCCAGUGCAAUGCCUGCUGCUGGGCGCCACGUCGGCGGAGCAGCUGCACCAGAGUCUGCAGUCGUUGCAGCUGCUGCCGCGACUCUCGUCGAGCGUUAUGCUGGAGCUGGAACGGAUAUUGGAGAACAAACCGGUGCGGCCGCCGAUGAUCUCGACCUUGGCGCUCCGGUGACAAUCAGCGUGCCCGCAGGGGCCGCUCAGCCUGAGCGGUGGCGGACCCUGCGGCGCCGAUUCGCCCAAGCACGAGGAUGAGGCCUUCAUCGAGGAGGUGGACGCUGCCAAGGACGCUGCCAAGCAGGGCUUCUGCCUCAUCCAGUGACACAAGGAGUCCUUAGAUAAUGAUAAUAAAUUUUUGAAAGUGAUUAGCAGUAAAACUAGCCUAAGUAGCAAUACCAUGACGACAACAAUAAGCAAGCAGGAGCAGCAACCGCAGCAGCAACAGCAGCAGCAACAGCAGCAGCAACAGCAGCAGCAACAGCAACAACAACAUCCGCAGCAGCAACAGCAACAACAACAUCCGCAGCAGCAGCAUCCCCUGCAUCAGCAGUAUGUGCAACUACAGCAGCCACAUUUGGUGACCAGCGAUUCGCCAGCUGUUGCCAUCGCCGCUGACCUUCAGUUCGAUACCCUGAAUAACAACAACAACAACAGCAGCAACAACAAUAACAACAGUGGCAGUCCAGAGCAGGCACUGCCCUCCACUGGCGACGAGCGCCAGAAGCGUCGCUCGCUGCUCAACUUCAAGUCCCUGGACUUCCAUCUAAAGUCGCUGUACAGUGGCCUACGGAGCACCUCGGGCACAACGCCGCCAGCCAGUCAACCGAAUAGCUCCAUUCCGGCGGUGGAUCAGCCGCAGCGUAGGAUGCCCUACUUGCGGGUGGAGAGCGUGGAUCCCGAGGAGCCACCGCGAGGAGGAUCUGUGCUCCCAGGACAUUCGCCCAGCUUUCUGUCACCCUACAGUGGAGUUGGUGGCGGUGGCGUAAGCCUGCAGUUGCCAUCCUCAUCGGAUGGCGGCACCAUUCGCAGAUCCUCCACCUCGGACAUAGUCAAUUGCAGGCGGGGAGGGGGAGCAGGUGGUGGAGCAGGUGGAUCGCAGGACAGCCGGAGGCCCAGCACCUCGGAUCUGCUGAGGAAGGCGAGGGAGCGCAAGGGCAGCGAGGCCAGGAUGGGCAGAAGCGUCUCGCACAGCGGGCUAACCAGGGGCGGACCCGGCGGAGGAUGUGGUGGCCUCGGCGGGCGACGAACCAGCAUGGCCUUCUAAACGAAAAAAAUAACAAAUGGAAUAACAAACUUAAGCAAUGAGAUGAUGGGGAUGGCGAAGCAAAAACUGUUGAUCAAAUCUGAAUCAGAAAUAGGCUGACAAAAUGGCGCUUAUGAAUUUUUAUCUAGUGAAAAGAAAACUAAAAACAAAAAAACACCAAAAAAACAAGAACAAAAAAACAAGAAAAAAAUUAACAAUAAUAGAGCAGCUAUUAAGGAAGGAUUUUUUUUGUGGAUCUAUUAUCAUUAUGAUUAUUAUAUGGUUACUACAAUUGCGCCUCGAAAGAACUAAAGUUAGUAGAUAAAUUAAAGCAAGUAAUGAACAGAAACAGAAACAUAACAUUUCAUCUCUCUCUCUUUAACUCGGUAUCUCUCUCUCUCUCUCUCCCCCCUCCCGGCAAAUCGAAUAUAUAUAUAUACAUAUGUAAAUAUAUGUGUAUUUAAAGAAUCCCCAACUUUUAUGACAAUAUUAGAACCUAACUAUCGUGUACUAUCGUGUUAAUUAUCGCCUGGCAAAAGCUCUAAAACUAACCUGCGUUCCAACCCAAAAAAACCCAAAAAAACGAAUGAUUCAAGAUCGAUCCAUUAUAUCAUCACACUGUGAGAGUUCAUAUCAAGCGAGAAGGACGAAGGAUGAAGGAUACCCUAAUAUGCACUAUGCUAUAUGGGAUAGUGUCUUUUUCAUUAAUCGAUUUGUAGACUUAACGAGUGUUAAACGAUUGUUAACGAUUGACUUGAGGCAGCGAUUAGCGACUAAACAGAUUACUAUAUGCGAUAUAGAACUUGUCGUAUAAAUAAAUUUUAGCUAAACUUAUGAACAAAUACAAAAAAAGAGUAUGAAUAAGCACUCAAAUGGUAAACAACAAAGAAACAAUUCAAAUCAAAUCUUAUUAAAUAGACAUUACUAGCAUUAUGUAGUUAAUUAACUAACAAUUCAAGCGAAAUUUUUUUAAAUCAACAAAACGAAAAACAAAGCAAAUGCCUUUCAUAACAGCAACAACAACAACAACAACAAAUUUAUAUUUUAAAUAUAUGCCGUAUAUAUAUAGAGAUAUACACACACACACACGUGCAUACAUAUGUGAAAAUAACGAAAGCGAAGAAAAGAAAAGAGAAGAAAAUAAAACAAAGCAGCAACAAAUUGUUAUUAAUUAAUUGUAGUCCAUUAUCCGGAUGGCCCAUAUCCCAUAUUUCAUAUACUCGUAUGUAAGUGAAUGAAACACCAAUAUAGCAAUAUGUAGGAUAUACAUACAUACAUACCCUCCCGAAUACCGAAUACCAUGUAUUUUAUCAUCAUUAUCGAGUACAUAUAUAAAGUCUUUCUCACAUACGGACUGUGAUUUCAUAUAAAAGUAAACGUAAACUUAAACGUAAACGUAAAAGUAAACAAAGUAAACAAUUAAUUAUUAUAUCUAACCUAAUGUAAUUAAAGGCUAAGUUCAUUCGAAAGAUCUUGCAGAUACACACACACACACAACACACCAACACCAACACACACACACACAUUGCUCGCAAAAACACGCAUGUAUUUUGAGGAUCUGUUCGGAAAAGCAGCAGCAUAAAUAGCAAUUUUCAAAUCGAAUGGCAUUAUAUACUGAUACUCUACAAUUAAUUAACCAAAUGCGAUUGCCUUAAUAACGAAUAAUGAAUUAAAAACACUGGAUCUAAUCAGAUCGGUUCGGAUCGGAUAUAACCCAGUCGGGGGCCGGUUUCCUCAAACUUCAGUUCCAGAUCGGAAUACAUUAUAUACACGCAUAUGCAUUCCCAUUCGCAAACACAAGUUCAUACAUAUAUUUCCCGCACUGUUGCUUGAGAAAUCGCCCCGCGCAGAGAAACACCAUAUAUACUAUACAUAUAUUGGUUUAGCUCCAUCGGAUCACUCACAGAAUAAUAAUAGUAUAUAUAUGGUAUAUAUAGGGAGUACUAUACUAUAUACGAGAGUAAUUGCAUUUUUUAGUAAGUAGUUAAUCCGUCCUCAACAAACGGCCAACCAAAAAAAGCAACAAAUUAUUGCGAUCAGGCGCUGCUCAAUUGAAAAACACAAAGCAAACAUAUUUAAAAAUAUUUAAAAAUAUUCAAAUAUAUUCAAAAAUAUUCAAAAAUAUUUAAAAAUAUUUAAAAAUAUUCAAAAAUAUUUAAAAAUAUUCAAAAAUAUUCAAAAAUAUUCAAAAAUAUUUCCAGAAUCUAAGAAACUCUGAUUUUUGAUCGGAAAAGCAAAGCAAUUAAAUGUAUUCAAUAUUUUGAAGCUAGUCCUUAAAUAUUUUUCAAUCUUCUCAAUUUGCAAUUGUGAAGAUUAGAGUUUGUUAUUUCGAGGUUGUGAUAUUAAUUGAAAAAUUGCUGAAAAAAUCAAAUACAUAUCUGCAAAUGGCCGAAUUGUGUUACUUUGAUACAUUUUUAUGUGUUUGGCUCACUCAAAAAUUUAAAAACUAAUCGCUAUUGAGCAAUAUCCUUAGCAAUAUUAGCCAUUAAUAUUUAUAUUUGAUUUCUUACUACAUAUUUAGUUACAUAUAUAGUUUUCUAGAGUUUUUAGUUAUUUAGUUGUAGAGUUUGGACCUUCAAAGCAAAGCUUCUGUGCCAUGCUGAAUGGGUAAUCAAUUGAUAAGCAGCGCCUGUCGGUAGAUCCAAUCAUCAAUUGUGGCCAAGCCCCCUAAAAAGUAAAACUGAAAACUAAAAACGAACAAAAAAAGAAAAACAGCCACGUCGUGUGAACCGGAAAGCAAUAAUUCAAAAUGCUGCUGAAAAAAGUUCAACUAACAAAUUGAUGUACAUACAUAAAGUCAGUGGAAAACGUAAUGAAGCACAUACACGCAGUUGCAUUAUGAGAUUAAUUUUAGUCUGUUGUUAACGCAAUUAUUAUCACGAUUAUUAUGAUUACGAUUAUUAUAAACACGUAGCUAGUUAAAUCGAAUGAGAAUUAGCAAUUUAUACGCCUAAGCCUGAAAGUAACCACAAUUACACUCACACCCCUCACUCACACUCUCAAACACACACACCCACAGAAACUCCCUUAAAAAUACACUGACAACAAAACUAAAAACUAAACUGAAAAAAACAAAGGAAAUGCUAAUGCAGCGAACAAAAACAAAAAUGUAACGGAAAGUAUUACGAAGCAGAGAAGCAGCGUAGCGUUUAAAUCUCGAAAACAAAAUUUUACUUUACAUCAAAGCAGAAAUAUUUAUAACAAUUGCAAUAACUAACAAAUAACAAACGAGAUGCGAUAUAAUGGAAGCGUAUAUGUAAUAAAAUAUCUUAAAAUUAUUUUCUUAUCGAAACUGGCAAUAAUAAGUAUUAAUAUAAACUUAAACAACUAAAUAAUUAUAUUAAACACGCGCGAGCAGUUUGUAAGUUAACUUUGCAUAGAGGACACAUUUUGGAUCGAAUUACACUGAAAGAAAAGCUCGCACACACACACACACGCCAAGCGUUUACCCACACAAACACACACACGCACACACAGACAGUCGCGCAGGAAGUUCGAUCAUCAUUUACCGUUAAUGCACCAGUGUACACACACCCACACACACCCACACAACUACACAGAACAAAAUCAGCUUUACUUUAGAUUUUCGAUAAUUAAUUGCAGGGUUGUCGCCUAGGGUUGCUUAGAAUUCGAUGGGAAAAUCCAAUUCAGACGCUUGCAUAUUAGGCGUAGAUAAGAAAAUAUAUACAAAGUGCAUACAUAAACAAGCAAUAUCGCAAUAGCGCUCGUAUUAUUUCGCUAAGUUACUAGAAAAACCGAAAAAAAUAUUAACAAUUAAAUAACAGACAAACCUCUUUGAUUGAUUAAAAUGCAAAUUCGCGAUUGCGCGAUGGAUGACGAAUGAUGAAUGAUCGAUGAUGGACGAUGGAGGGCAAAUUGUUUACACUUCACUUUUAAAACCACAUUUAAUACUAAUAUUUCGAAAAGCUAAUUCAAAUAGGUUAUAACAAUAACGAACAAGAAGAAGAAGAACAAGAACAACAACAAGAACAAUGAACAGCAAAAACAACACAGCUAAAAUACUGAAAAAUUAUAUAAAAAUACAAA